AUGAUGGUCAACACGAUUGUCACACUGUUAACAGGAAUGUUAGUGCCGCUAGUGGUGCUGGCGAACGACGAGGCAGCUGCUGCCCAAGUGCAGCAAGACGCCGACGUAGUGGCGCAGCAGGAAGCCGAGGAUCGCAAGCAGCAGACGCAGGAACUGAUUAAGAGCGCGCUGUUCGCCGAGACGUUCGAGGCCGAGCGGCUGUUUGACGACUCCCGCUGGUUUAAGAGCACGCACGAGAAGUACUCGAACCAGGAUGUGACUGUUAGUGAGGUGAAGAUUGAGGCGACACAUCUGGCGGCUGACCACGGCCUCGUGCUGGACAAGCCGGCGCGUCAUUAUGGAUUGGCUGUUGAAUUGGACGAGUCACUGCAAGUAGACGGAAGCAACAGAAGGAAAGAGAUGGUGGUGCAGUACGAAGUAAAGCUGCAGAAGGGACUGGACUGCGGCGGUGCCUACGUGAAGCUGCUACGUCAGAAAGAGGAGAAGCAGGACUACUCGUCCUUCAGUGACUCGACGCCUUUUGUGCUCAUGUUUGGCCCUGACAAGUGUGGUUCAAACGAUAAAGUGCAUCUCAUUUUUCAGCACAAGAACCCUGUGUCUGGCGAAUACGAGGAGAAGCAGAUGAUGGGAGCGCCUCACAUAGAGAGCGACAAAGACACGCAUCUGUACACGGCAGUGAUCCGUGACGACAAUACGUUUGAGGUGUUCGUGGACCAAAAGUCGGUAAAGAUUGGCAGCUUAUUGGAGGACUUUCUGCCACCGGUGAACCCUGAGAAGGAGAUCGAUGACCCGAAAGACUCCAAACCUGAAGACUGGGUGGAGACAAAGAAGAUUCGUGAUCCAAACGUCGCUAAACCCGACGACUGGGACGAAGAUGCCCCGGCACGCAUUCCAGAUCAGGAUGCUGUCAAGCCUGAUGACUGGCUGGAUGAUGAACCAGUGAUGAUCAAUGAUCCGGAUGUGGUAAAGCCGGAAGACUGGGACGACGAGGACGACGGCGAGUUUGUGGUGCCGCAGAUCCCCAACCCAAAGUGUGCUGAAGUGUCCGGUUGUGGUGAAUGGAAGGUACCAACAAAGGAGAAUCCGGCGUAUAAGGGUAAAUUUUACGCGCCCUAUAUUCCUAACCCAGACUACAAGGGCGAGUGGAAGCCUCGCAAGAUCUCGAACCCAAAUUACUUCGAGGACAAGCACCCGGCGCGUAUGGAUCCCAUCGGUGCCCUAGCCGUGGAGGUGUGGACCAUGACCGAAGGUAUUACGUUUGAUAAUUUCUGGCUGGGUAACGACUUGAAACAAGCACAAGAAUUCGCGCAGCUAACGUGGGCCUUAAAGCAUGCUGCGGAGGUUGAGGCGAAGAAGAUAUUUGAAAAGGGAAGUAAUGGCAGCGAGAAGGGCGGUUUCAUGAAGACCAUUGAGACUCUCUCGAUGGACUUCGCCACUUACGCUGAUGCAAACCCUGCAAUUGCUCUUGGAUCAAUCGUUGGCAUUUCCGUCACAGUGACACUCGGCUUCUUUUUCCUAUUUUGCGCGUCGGGUACGUCCAAGCCGAAAACUGAAAAGAAAACUGGCAGCGGCGCGGAGGAUGACGACGAAGGGGAUGCUAAGGUUGUUGAUAGUGACGAGAAGCAACCGAAAGUGCGGCAGCGCAAAAAGGCCCCCAAGGUCGACUAA